AUGACACCUGCAGCCUCAUUUAGAAACAUCUCACAGACAGUGACUGAAGUGGAUGUUUUACUGUCAGGACCAGAACCAGAGCCCAAGACCAGAGCGGAUUUCUUACAAUAUGCAUGUGACAUUACGAUUGAUCCAAACACAGCACACACACGGCUGUCAUUAUCCAAAGGGAACAGAAAAGUCACAGUAAUGCAGAGGAAACAGCCUUAUCCCAGACACCCGGACAGACUUGUGAGCGGCUCGGAUAAAUGUUGUUUUGGAUACAAUAAACAAUCGUGGGUGUUGGAAUGUUUGAAACAGAAAUACACGUUCUGGUUCAAUUUUUUCACCAACUCCCUCCCAGGUCCUUGGACAUCUAGAGUAGGAGUGUACCUGGAUCACAGAGCAGGUACUUUAUCCUUCUACAGCAUCUCCAAGACCAUGACGCUCCUCCACAGAGCCGAGGCCGCAUUCACUAAGCCUCUUUAUGCCGGACUCUGGCUGCGUUAUCCUUCUCCUGGACUCAAUGCAGAGUUCUGUAAACUGAAAUAA